UCUUUUUAUGAAUAAUGAAAAGACUGUUAAGUCACUUAACGGUCUUUUCAUGAUUCAUAAAAAGACCACCGUUAAGUCACUUAAUGGUCUUUUUAUAAAUUAUGAAAAGAUCGUUAAAUCACUUAACAGUCUUUUUAUGAAUCAUGAAAAGACUGUCAU